GUUGGAACACUAAACAAGGCACAAAGAACUCACCACCAUGUCAGAUAACACUCCGUGGUUUGAAGGGAUAAAAUUCCCUAUGGUACACUUCAGUCCUGAAAUAUUAAGGGAAGUACGGGACAAGUUUGUGGUGAAGGAUGAAGAUACAAUAACAGUGACUUAUCCCAAAUCAGGAACCAACUGGUUAAUUGAGAUUGUCUCCCUGAUUCUUUCCAAGGGGGAUCCCAAGUGGGUUCAAUCAGUGCCCAACUGGGAUCGUUCACCUUGGAUAGAGUCUACAGGAGGUUAUGAAUUAGUGAAGGGUCAGAAGGACCCACGAGUCUACACAUCCCACCUGCCCCUCCAUCUUUUUCCCAAGUCCUUCUUCAGUUCCAAAGCCAAGGUCAUGAUUUAUUGUAUUAGGAAUCCCAGAGAUGCUCUUGUGUCUGGUUAUUUUUUCCUGAGUAAAAUCAAUGUUACUGAGAAGCCAGAGACGCUGCAACAAUAUAUGGAAUGGUUCCUGCAAGGAAAUGUGAUAUAUGGAUCGUGGUUUGAGCAUGUCCGUGGUUGGCUGUCCAUGAGAGACAUGGAAAACGUCCUCGUGCUGAGUUAUGAAGAUCUUAUCAAGGACACAAGAAGCACUGUAGAGAAGAUCUGUCAAUUCUUAGGAAAGAAGUUAAAACCUGAAGAAACAGAUUUAGUCCUCAAGUAUAGCUCCUUUCAAUUCAUGAAAGAAAAUGAAAUGUCCAAUUUCACCCUGUUGCCUCAUGCUUAUACUACUGAGGGUUUCACACUUUUGAGAAAAGGAACUGUGGGGGACUGGAAGAAUCACUUCACUGUAGCCCAAGCUGAAGCAUUUGAUAAAAUUUAUCAGGAAAAGAUGGCAGGAUAUCCUCCAAAACUGUUUCCAUGGGAAGAAUGUUGAAAAUGUCUAUGUGUUAUUUGGAUACUGCUGUGUCCCUAUCUUGUACUUCUGCAUGCCUGUGGGAUCAUAGCAUUAAAUCAAGAUUUUAUUGUGAAGUUUUGAAUUAUCCAGUCUUUACAUUAUUGAUAGCCUGCUUGUUAUAAAUUUCGUUUUUUCCUGUAUUCCUUUAAAAGUACCUGUACUUUAGAAAUUCUUCAUGUUCAUUUGUAUACUGCAUUAUUGUGAAAAAAUAAAAAUUACACUAAACUGUGUCAA